GCUCCGCAAUCUGACGAGUCAUGACAUCAACUCUUAGCCCAAACACCAUCGUGUUGCGAAACCUCUCGACGUCACGAAUCAUCGACAUCUCGCAUGUACUAUACGCUCCUGGCCAAUGAUAAUUUUUAACCCGCCAAGGUCCAAUGUUCGAUCGACUGACUUUUGUUUUAUCACUUAUAAUUCAAGCUCAAAUACACGAUCUUUGCAAAAUCUACACGAAAUUCAGCAAGACUGUUCACUAUCUAUCAACCCCCUACUGGUGGCGAUGGGUAUCGACGAUCCCCGACCUAGUACGAUGGGACUUGGGCUUUUUGUAUGUGUUCAGAACGCAUUUGAUCGAGUUCUGCCCCUGGCCUGUUAAACUGAAUAUAUCAUUCAUUUGCAAGACGUAAAGACAUGUUGUAGUUCUAAGCGAGUGUUGAGGUCCUGAUACAAUAAAAGUUGUGCGAUGUGUAUGUGAGAGGCAUCAAGAAAGAG